AUGACCACAAAGAUCAGCGUGAAGUCUGACGCAGUGUCUGAGCCAUGGAACUCAGAAGCAGGAGCUGUGGUGAAGGGAGACUCAGGGUCAAAAAUAAAGAAAUGUACAGAAAACGGGUCUGACUGGCAAGCCAGAGGUUCCGAUGCUUCCAAGGAACAGGACAGUCCCAUCCCUCACCGCACCCCACUGAUGAUAGCAGUGGCAGCAGUGCGGGCAGCAGCAGUGGUGGCGGUAACAGCGGCAUCAAAGGGCGGCGGGGCCAGCGCCACUUCAGCCCCUGGUCCUGCGGCUGCUGCCCUCUCCAUGACCAGCCAGACCUGGGGCCCGAGCUCCCCAGGUGGGCUCGGACCCUACAGCGGGUGGGGGGACUACGAGGAUGUGGGGAGUACGGUGACACCGUGGUGCCCGACGCCAGAGCUGCCCUACGGCUACGCUUACAUCCCGGCCCUCUACCUGGCCGCCUUUGUCGUGGGCCUGGUGGGCAACGGCUUUGUGGUGGCACUCAUGGUGGGCCAGCCGGGCCCCCGGCGCCUGGUGGACACGUUCGUGCUGCACCUGGCCGUGGCGGAUCUGGUGUUCGUGUGCACCUUGCCGCUUUGGGCGGCGGCCGCGGGCCUGGGAAACCACUGGCCCUUCGGCGAGGGGCUCUGCAAGCUGAGCAGCUUCGCCAUGGCGGUCAACCGCUGCUCCAGCGCCCUGCUGCUGGCCGGGAUGAGCUUGGACCGCUAUCUGGUCGUGGUCAAGAUGCUGGAGGUGCGGCCCCUGCGGACUCCGGGCUGCGUGGUCAGCGCUUGUGGGGUCAUCUGGGCCAUCUCCCUGCUGGCUGGCAUCCCUUCUCUGGUCUUCAGGAAGCUGCAGCCGGCCCCCCGGGCCUCGGGCAGCCUGUGCGGGGAGGAGGUCUCGGACGCCUUCCAGAGCCUCAGCCUGGCCCUGCUGGUCUUCACCUUUGCCCUCCCGUUGGCCGUCAUCCUCUUCUGCUACUGCCUCAUUUCCCGCCGGCUGCGGCAGCACCACGGCUUGGGCCGGCAGCGGAAAAACUCCCUCAGGAUCAUCUUCGCCGUGGUGGGCACCUUCGUGGGGUCCUGGCUGCCCUUGAGCCUCUUUCGGGUCUUCUACCACCUCAGCCGCCUCAGGGUCUUGGAACUGCCCUGCUCACUGCUCCUGGCCCUGCGCUGGGGCCUCACACUGUCCGCCUGCCUGGCCUUCAUCAACAGCUGCGCCAACCCCAUCAUCUACCUGUCCCUGGACCGCUCGUUCCGGGUGCGGGCACUGCGUGGGGCUUGCGGGAAGGCCUCCCGCCUGGUGCGCCGAGCCAGUUCCGUCUCGUCUUCCCGGGACAGCCAGGACAGUGGUUCCCUGUUCCAGGCCAGGGGCCGGACCAGGGCCGGGUCCGGGCCAUGCGGCCCGGGCUGGGGGCCUGAGGACCCUUAA